CCUCCUGGCCGUGCUGGGCCUCCCAGCCCAGACUUCGCAGAUUGUCUCGGGUCGCCAUGGGCCUGGAGCUCUACCUGGACCUGCUGUCCCAGCCCUGCCGCGCCGUCUACAUCUUCGCCAAGAAGAACCGCAUCCCGUUCGAGCUGCGCACCGUGGAGCUGCUCAAUGCUCAGCACCUCAGCGAUGCCUUUGCCCAGGUGAACCCCUUGAAGAAGCUCCCUGCCUUGAAAGAUGAGGACUUCAUUUUGACUGAGAGCGUGGCCAUCCUGCUCUACCUGACCCACAAGUAUAAGGUACCUGAUCACUGGUACCCUCAGGAGCUGCAGGCCCGUGCCCGUGUGGAUGAGUACCUGGCAUGGCAGCACAUGACUCUGCGGAGAAACUGUCUCCGGAUCUUGUGGCAUAAGGUGAUGUUCCCUGUUUUCCUGGGCGAGUCAGUAUCUCCUGAGAUGCUGGCAGCCACCAUGGCAGAGCUGGAUCAGUCCCUACAGCUGUUUGAGGACAAGUUCCUCCAGAACAAAGCCUUUAUCGCAGGAGCUCACAUCUCCCUGGCAGACCUGGUGGCCAUCACAGAGCUGAUGCAUCCUGUAGGCGCUGGCUGCCAGAUCUUUGAAGGGCGGCCAGCGUUGGCUGCGUGGCGCCAGCGCGUGGAGGCGGCUGUCGGGGAGGCCCUUUUCUGGGAAGCCCACGAGGUCAUCAUGAAGGCUAAGGAUUGUCCACCCAUAGACCCCACCAUAAAGCAGAAGCUGCUGUGUAGGGUGCUGGCCAUGAUCCAGUGAACUGGGAAGUCUCACUCUAACACUGCCCUUCACAGUUCAUAAAGCAUCAUUACUUUCAUUUCCAGUUCCUGUGGGACGUAGGCCUGGGCGUACCCAUCUCCCACUGCCCCUCUGCUCCCCAGGCCAUCUCUGUUCCCCAUCUUGUCUUCCAUAGCUGUCUGAAAGCCACAUGAGAAUGAUAUGUCCAGACCUUGUCUCUUUUAAUCACUGUAUUUUAUUUCUCAGUUUGAAGAAUAAACCUAGGCUCAGCCUGAGCUUCU